UGGGGGCUUUGCACUGAGACUGUCAGUUAAGCUCUGCUUGGUUCUUUCUCCACAAUUCCCUAUCCAAGUCUGGUACCUGAAGAUCAUUACAUCACAACACUGAUUCGGAGAAGGAUCUAAACAAUCCGUGUAGGACAGACUCGCAUUUCGCCUGCCCAGUUCGAAGUACCGGUAAGGCGUCACGGUUGCUCCCAUUGCGAAAGGAAUCGGACAAAGGUGUGCUCGAUUUCUUGCAGCUAGUCCGGAUGCUUAUCGAUCCACAGCCGACGGGCAGUCGGAUUGAUAAUGAAGCUGUGGGAGGGGAGCCUAGCUUGGCCUCGCCCAGUAAGCCCGCUGGGUCGAGCAACACCUUGUCACCGCCGACGACUACGUUCUCCUUAACAUCGUCGUCGGCGUCAUCGUUGUCCAGCACCACCGGGUCCACAACAAGAUCGGGCCGAACGACGGCGCCGAAAUCGCAGGUACUGUCGGCCUUGGAGCGAGACCGGUUACGGCUGAUGAACCACUACACCCUGCACACGGCGAAAGCGAUGCUCGAGGUGACCCAUCCGGGGCACACGAACCCAUCGAUCUGGGCCAGUUGGUUUCCCGAGCUCGCCUCCGAGUAUGGCUUUCUCCAGUACGGGCUGUUGAGCAUCAGCGCCUUAGAUCUGGCUGUACGGGAUGUCUCCCGCCGCAAGGCCCACAUCAUCCUGGCGAUCAAUCACUGCGAUCUAGGAGUGGCCGCUGUUCGGCCAUAUCUAACCAACAACCAUCAUUCGAACCGAAACCCAGACGCCGUCGUUCUCCUGCACCGGAUCCCGCACAGUGUUGUGUUCCAGCACAAGGAUUUAUCAGCUCUGACCCCGUGGGUCUCCUUAUAUCCCCCGCCGCCUUCGGAUCCAGACCGCAAGCUUCCAGCGGAAAUCGAGGCUGCGCUCGACGCCGUCCGGCGACGUCUCGCAGUAGCAGGUCUCCCGACACCCCAAGCGACGAUGUAUAUCUCGGCCAUUCAAACACUGAGAAAAGCCCUUCUCAUCGCGAUCGAGUAUCAUAGCACGCAUAUGACGUUUGGAUGCUUCCCAACGUGUGUAGCCUCGGAGUUCUGGACAGAGGUCCAUGUAGGCGCGCCGGUGGCGCUCUGCGUCCUUGCGAACUAUAUGGUCAUCUUGCAUUGGCGGAGCUCCUGUGUCUGGUUUGGCACUCUUGCCAAGGAUGUCGUCCAUGCUGCUCGUCAGUCUCUUUCAGCUGAGAGGCUCCCAUGCAUUGCCGGGGCUAUUUCGGAGACAGAACGUAUGGGCGGCAACGAGGGACCGGCUGGAUUGUCAUCAGGAUAA